AGUACAUACAUUCCAGAUGGCUACGAUGACCCAAGAACGUGUCGAGCCUUAUGAGAUAGUGUUGUGUGUGCCUCAUUCCAAGCCUGUUCUGGUCAACCAGUAUGUGAACUCAUCAGACCCGAUCUUAUGUUGCAAGGGCAAUAGUAACGUCAAUGAUAGACGACCAACGUAUGAUCGCCAUGUUUUUGUCGAGCGCCCUUUGAUGAGUGCUCUACUCUUCGACAAUGUCGACUCCGAUGCUCGUGACCAUUGCGCCAACGAGAGAACUAUAUACAUGGCUGUCGUCAGUGUAGCCAUUCUCAUCUCCUUCCACCUCAAAAGUCAACCUACGCCGCUCGAACGAAGGAUAGCACUGCCGUUUGGCAUCAUCUUCUGGUUUCUUGCUCUAGCUUGCCUAGCUAGCGGGACGGCAAACUACAUAAAGACGGUCCAGAAAUACUCAAAGCGACAGGCGCUGGUGCAGACUGGUUGGAAAACGCAGGUGGUGAGUUUCAGCUCGGCGUGUCUUUGUGUCGUGUUUCUGACUGCAGAUUCAGNNGUCUUUACGAUUGUAGCGACUUCGAUUGUGGCUGCAUGCGUGCUAUUCUUGUCGACGAAUGCUGGGGAGAGAGAGCGGACACGC